GCGGGCUAAGACAAAGUGAGGCAACCGACCUGAAUCCCAAACAGGAGACGAGGAUCUCACCUCCCAUGGAAACGGAGAGAGGUUCAGCUUGAUGUCCUUUCAUCAGCAGGAAGUCAUUCCCAAGCGAGUCAACUGAUACACAGCUUCAAUGUGUCCUACCACAACUACGCAGAUGACACUCAGAUCUACGUGUCACUGACGGAAGGUCUCUCUCAAUGCAUCAGCUAGAAGUGUCACUUCGAAAAUGUCUGACUGUUUUCAUGGAGACAGCCGCCCCUUCCCGGCAGCAUCAGCAGCAAGGACAUGGAUGAGAUGAGUCCCUCGUAUUCUUCAUCCUCUCAUCAUAAAGAUCACAGAUCACUCCUGGCUGCCGUCAGAGGAAAGAUGGGAACGCCAAGGAGAGGAAAAGAGAAAGCGUUGAAGGCAUGGACAGAUAGCGCGACGGAAGAGAGAGAGAGAGAGAGAGAGCAGGUAGAGAGACACAGAGGACACAUUCCCCAUCACGGAGAAGAAGAAGAGCGGAGGAGAGAGUCGCCAUUGUCGCUAUUCCAAAGAUGAGCAAGAUGAACAUCUGAAGCUACCUGCCAUCCACACACUGCAAAGCUUUUCAUCCAGAUCAAGGUGGUCCAACCAGAUGGAGGUGAAUGCAGCAGAGAAACGGCAUCGAACACGAUCCAAAGGAGUGCGAGCUGUCGUGGACGCCGUGCCACAGGACUUAUUCAGCUGCCCAACGGCAGGUUGCGACGGUUCAGGACACGUCAGUGGCAAGUACGCCCGGCACCGCAGUGUGUACGGCUGCCCGUUGGCCAGAAAGAGGAAGGUUCUGGAAAGACAGCCACUGGAGCCACCUGCCAAGAGGAGGUCCUUCAUCACCUCCUGCCCUGCGGAGGAGGAGGAAGAGGCUUCUUCGUACCACAGCUAUGAGAACCAAGGAUUGGUGGAGGGGAGGGAGCAAGAGGAAUUAAUGGAGGAGGAGGAUGAAGGUGAAAGGUUAGAGGAGGAAGAGUUCUCAGAGUACGAAGAGCAGCCUGAGGAAGAGGAGGAGGAGGAGAGGGCGGACACAACAAUGGAAGAAGAGAAUGCCAUGGAGGUGGGGAUGGAUGAAGAAGAUGAGGAAGAAUAUGAGGACCAUCAUCAUCAUCAGCCGCAGUUUGACUACCAGCUUAGUGGACAAUCAAAACUUAUGGCUGUCCAUAAGAAUGACAACAACAGUUGCACCCCCAGUUCUGGUCCUGGACCAGGUCCUGGUCCCGGUCCCGGUCCUGGUCUCGGUCCUUGCGAGGACUACGAGAACUACGACGAGCUGGUGGCCAAAUCUCUGCUCAAUCUGGGCAAGAUUGCUGAGGACGCCGUCUACCAGGUCAUGACGGACUCAGAGAUGAACAGCAACUCCUCCAACAGCGGCGGCGAGGACGAAGAUGAGGAUGACGCCAGCGAGCAAGGAGACCGAAAGGCCGACCUUAGCGUCGACUUGAACAGCGAUGUCGUCAGGGAGACGGUGGACUCACUCAAGCUUCUGGCACAAGGCCACGGCGCCAUGCUGCCUGAAGACGGCUACCCUGAAGGUGCCCUGAUGGACGGCAGCCACAUCAAUGGGCGGCCCGGGUUGGGCGGAGUCCUGGCGGUGGAGAGUGAGGAGGACGUAUGUCUCAGCAGUCUGGAGUGUCUAAGGAAUCAGUGCUUCGAUCUGGCUCGCAAACUCAACGAAACGCACCCGUCUGACCGGCCUGCUCUUCACCACCACCUCAAUAACCCCUUGGACCAGCAGGGGGCGCUUCACCUCAGCAGUACUCUCAGGUAUGACAGCCUUCAGCAGGGAUUGCAGGAAGAUUCUAGGCCUUCAGAGCGCAGCUUCUCUGACAUGGUGAACAUGAUGAGGGUGGAGGAGCAGCUGAGCCCAGCGUCUCGAGGGUAUCCCACCAGCUGCAGCCAGGAGGGCGAUGAAGACACCACAUCUGUAGCUUCCGACCGCUCGGACGACACCUUCGACAUGGCUAAGGGGAACCUGUCUCUGCUGGAGAAGGCUAUCGCCCUGGAAUCAGAGAGGGCCAAAGUCAUGAGGGACCGCAUGGUCUCAGAGCACAAGCAGACCAGACGAGACCACCACCACCACCAUCAUCAUCACCGCCACCAUCAUCAUCAUCGCGGCCAUGGCGAGCACAGCCCCAGGCUGAGCAGCACCGGUGAAGAGCGCAGAUCCAGAAUGCACCACGACGGCUUGCACAGAGCGUUCUACUCAAAAGAAUCUUCCAGGGGGGAGAAGAAGGAGAGCAAGUGCCCGACGCCCGGUUGUGACGGGACGGGACACGUGACUGGUCUGUACCCGCAUCACCGCAGCCUCUCUGGAUGUCCUCACAAGGACCGUGUCCCGCCUGAGAUCCUUGCCAUGUACGAAAAUGUUUUAAAGUGCCCAACUCCUGGCUGCUCUGGACGCGGCCAUGUCAAUAGCAACAGGAACUCGCAUCGCAGUCUUUCGGGUUGUCCAAUCGCUGCUGCAGAGAAGAUGGCCAAGGUGCAUGAGAAGAUUCACCCAACUGACAGCGGCAUCAAGUCCAAUCAGACGUCAGACCGCGUCCUCAGGCCCAUGUGUUUCGUCAAGCAGCUGGAAAUUCCUCAGUACGGAUACAAGAACAACGUUCCCACCAGCACGCCACGUUCCAACCUGGCCAAGGAGCUGGAGAAAUACUCCAAGACCAGCUACGACUACAGCGCAUACGAGAGCCAGCAUGGCGCUUACGUAAGGAGAGGACCGCCGAGCAAGUCCCACCACAGUCGCGACACCUCCCCCAAGGGAUAUGAAGCCAAGCGCUACAGUAAGACGUCGAGCCCGGCCAGCAGCACCACCAGCAGCUACGCUCCCAGCAGCAGUAGCAGUCUGAGCUGCGGGGCUGGGCUUGGUGGCGGCGGGGGUGGAAGCAGCGCCAGCAGCACCUGCAGCAAAAGCAGCUUCGACUACACCCACGAUAUGGAGGCGGCGCACAUGGCCGCCACCGCCAUCCUCAACCUGUCCACCAGAUGUCGGGAGCUACCGCACGCUCUGGGAGGGAAACCCCACGUCAUGCUGACUCAGAGCGAAGUGGGUGACUUGGACGACGGCGGCGUGGUAGAUGUCGGCGGGCAGCCCGGCGGCCUCGAGGGCAGCGGGACAGUGCUAACCCCCUUGCAGCCCAUGUCCCCCCAGCGCCAGGCCCUGCUCAACAGCCAUCGGUACCAGCUGAGCGAAUCUGACUGCUGGGAGCUCCCUGUGGACUAUACCAAGAUCAAACGUGUAGACGAGGAACACGACCACAAGGAGGGUGAAGAGCCGGACCCCUUCCAGGAACUGCUGGAGGAGCAGCACUACCCGGCCCCGGUGACCGUGUCCAGCCCCAAACACCACAAGUAUUCCCCCUGCAAGGAGACCAAGAAAGAGCUCCUCACGCUGUCCAGCUGCCAGCUAGCUGACAAGAACCUGCGAGGGAUGAUGGCCACCAACUCUCAAGAGCUGAGGUGUCCCACACCUGGCUGCGAUGGAUCAGGACACAUCACGGGAAACUACGCCUCCCACAGGAGCUUGUCAGGUUGUCCUCGAGCUAAGAAGAGUGGCAUUAAGGUCCUCCACAGCAAAGAAGACAAAGAUGAGCAAGAACCCAUCAAGUGUCCUGUCCCAGGCUGUGAUGGACAAGGUCAUGUGACUGGUAAGUACGCCUCCCACCGCAGUGCGUCUGGCUGCCCCCUGGCGGCCAAAAGGCAAAAAGACAGCUUCGUUAACGGCACGCAGUUCGCCUGGAAAGCCGGCAAGACAGACGGCAUGACAUGUCCCACUCCGGGCUGCGAUGGCUCGGGACACGUCAGCGGGAGCUUCCUAACCCACCGGAGUCUUUCCGGCUGCCCGCGGGCCACCUCUGCCAUGAAGAAGGCCAGAAUGAGCGGCGUGGACAUGCUGACAAUCAAGCAGAGAGCCAGCAAAGGCAUCGAAAACGACGAAGAGAUUAAACAGCUAGACGAAGACAUUAACGAUCUCAACGAAAACAACAAUCAAGUGGAGUCAGACAUGAUUAAACUGAGGACUCAAAUCACCACCAUGGAGAGCAGCCUAAAGUCCAUGGAGGAGGAGAACAAGGUGAUGGAACAACAAAACGACUCAUUACUGCACGAGCUAGCCAACCUGAGCCAGUCGCUCAUAAACAGCCUCGCCAACAUACAGCUGCCUCACAUGGAGCCAAUGAAUGAACAGAACUUUGACACGUACGUGAGCACGCUAACAGACAUGUACACGCACCAGGAGCAGUACCAGAGCCCGGAGAACAAGGCCCUGCUGGAGAACAUCAGGCAGGCCGUCCAGGGCAUCCAGGUGUAGCCGACAGCACACACGCAAGCACACAACACGCUUUGUUGUCAUCUAGCGUCACUCUGCUGUCGCCGUCACGUCUUCUUUUCAUCGCCUCACUUUGUUUGGAACCAACAUGCAACUUUUCUACAUUUUCAUACGACCUGAUACAAUGUGACAUACAGCUGCUCUGGUAUUUGUUGAUCUAUUGACGGCUGCACGGUAAAGCUGGGCUCGUCCGGUGGGCGUGAAGAGCAAUCGGAGCUGGAGAUGCUUUGUAGUGCAUGUGACCUCACGAGGAGAAACAUCAUGACACGGAAACACGAUGGUGCAACAGUGUGAGGGAGGAGACAAUCGUAGUAAGCGAAGAGGGCAGCAAUAUUGGCAUUGAUCACAUUUGAUAUCACGUGCAAUCACGAUAAACUAACGUUUGGCUAUAUGCAAUUUCUUAUGAAUUACCGAGCAGAGAGAUGAUUUUUACUGCGUUUUGUAUCUUUUACUACAAUCAUCUCUGAGCUGAAAGGACACUUUGCACAUUUGUUUCCAUGUUUUCAUGUUUUUAUUGGCGGGCUAACACGUGUGCUUGUAGAUGUUGUUUCCUUGACGACGGCUUACAGGGUCAAACGUUUUCACGUGCGGCGUCAUUGUGUUUUUGCACGGGUCGUGUGUGUCCAUUCAUGCAGACUCUGUUUUUUUCUCACAUGCAUGCACUUUAUUGGCGAGUGGAGCAACAAUUGGACACACACACAGAUUAAAGAAGCUCUGCCUUCACAUUAUUUGCUUCAAAACUACCUAGAAAAACUUGAAAUGAUCAAUAUUUCUCUCCAUAAAACAUCCCCAAUUAACCCAUAAGAAUCCAGACAUUUCAAGUCAAAGAUGGUGAAAAUGCCAAUGAGCACUCUUAGAGGACAUUUAAAUACUAAUUGGUGUCAAAGAUGUCUUACGUUACUCACUAAAGUACUCACAAAAGGUUGUGGAUAUUUGGUUUGAGGGUACGAUUUCAGGGUAAAACUAAAACUAAAACUUGUCUGAACUUGUGAAUGUCCAAAUGUUGAAUAGUUCACUACUUAUUAUGCACCUUGAACAAAAACAGUUGCCUUAUGUUUGACAUAAAGGUAUACUGCAGUACAGUGGUACCUCGGGGUAAGAGGACCUGAGUUUACGAGUUUUCUGGAAUGCGAGCUCUCGGCUAAGUGUUAUGCUUUUGACUGCAAAUAAAAAUUGGGGUUACCCCCUCCCCGCAGCUAGUUGCGUAGUGACUAUCACUGUGAAUCUCGUAAGAUCCGACCAAAACAUCCGAUCUUACUUGCCUGCAUUAGUUAAUAGCUCGAAAUUAACAUAACUUUGUUUUUCUAAGCAUGGUAAGGAAGAAAGUGAGUGUUAAGGACAGUGCUGAGAAGAAAAAGUGGAUGAUAUUUGUUGAAUUAAAGAAAGAAAUCAUCAAAAGCAUGAUAGAGCAUGUCGCUAACUAACUUGGUGAAGCAGUUGGAGCGUAUCACUGCUAGUCUGCACCAUACUGAAGCAGAACAAGUCUAAAGGCUGGAAUAUACUCUUGUGUCACAUAGCAUGCUCUGACGGUGUCUUGGUUCGUUUAUAUAGCUCUUCCGCGGUGCUGGCACGGGACUUGCAAUUCUCUUGCCAAACCCUAAGGAGUGAGCAACUACAACUUGUUGACUAUCUUCCUGAGAGAGAGAGCUUCCUGUGUGUAGUAGUAGUUGUAAACAUGUAGUAAACAGUGGCGUCUGAAGCGAAACCCACUUUAAUGUUUGAGCUAAUCCUUUUAAAACAACAGUCACUUUUAAUGUUCACAUUGCUUCGAAACCUGAAGAAAAGAUGUUCGCAAAGGUUGGCUGUGCAACCUCUGAACAAGUCUCGGCGGAGGACAGGCAAAUUUAAGAGUUAUGUAACUGAAAACAAACAAAACUGUUAAAAACCUUUUACAAUGACCUGCUGGUGUUAAUGUUUAUGUUCAUGUGUUACUGAUGUUUAGAGUUCCCGUGUUUGUGAACAUACCGUGCCUGAAAGAUGAUUGACGGAAAAUAAGCAAGUAUUGUGUGAGAGAGAAGACGUGUGCACAAGAAAAAUAUGUUUCAGAAUUGAAUCUUUCGUUAUUAUAAGAUUGGCAAUAAAUGAUAAAAAGAGCGUCGUACUUUGUGUGACUUCUUCUAGAUGAAACAUCACAACAAGCUGAAAAACAAAACAUAGAGUAAUUGUUUUUAGACCGCGUCGCGAUAUUAAGUCACAGUAAGUCAGUUUGCAUGCAAAUCUUGAAUCACUAUUGCUUUAUCUCUUACAAUAAGUUGUGCAUUUCAAGCAGCGCGUCUGCUCUCCUGUGCUCAGGGUCUCUCCUCGGAAAAAGCUGACCAAUUACAGCUCUGUGGUCCGCGUCGCCGCUGAGGCGAAGCUAGGAUUUUUGGGAGGUUCACGUCAGGGUCUGCGGAAGGGUAGGCGGGGGCGGGGGCAAGUAACGUGAUGCGAGAGUAUAUCCCAGGCUUCAUGCCAGCCAAGGUUGUUAAAAUGAUAUCUAAACGGCAAACAUUUAUUCAUGAAAAUAUCAAAAAGCUGCAGAUGGUGUGUAUGACAGAGAAGCAGCUAGAUGGAGAUAACGUAGAAGUUCACUCUCCAAGGUAAAUUGUACAUUAUCAUUACAUUACUUCAUAAAACUACUUAAGUUGUUUGUACUGCAUUCCAUUGUAUUGUUUGUUUUUUUACAAAAAGUAUUAUCUAAAAGUUGUUUGUAUUUUUAAAAGGCAUAGUACAUGUUAACAUUGUGCUUUUUUGGGGGCCAAGCACCAAUUUAAUUAAUUUCAAUAUAUUUCACUUUGAAUUUUUCAAGGUAUGAGCUGCGGUCCAAGCCCUAUCUCCCAAUAGUCAAUCAACCCCAAAAUGUAAUCACUUGUUCUUUCCAGAGCGUUUCAUGAAAAUCUUCCGACAACUUUUUGAGCUAUCUGUAGCGGAAUUAAAAAAAACAGCGUGAAGCCUCUUGUCAGUCAUUCACUGUAUUUGUCUCUGUGGGUGAAGGCGGGGCCGCUAGCAUACACACGAACAGAAGUUGAAACUUGUAACAUAAACGUAAGGUAACAUUGUAGAAAUUAUCCAGAUCACCCGCAAAAUGUAAUCACUUGUUCCUUAUCCCAUUUCGGACAUUUCAUGAAAGUUCAAUGAAACUUUUUGAGGUAUUUUGCUAAAUACCUAAUAGACAGACAAACCAAAAGCAACAAUUACAUAACCUCCUGGCGGAGGUAGUUCAACUCAUAUCCGAAGGUACCACUGUACAUCUGUGAAUCUUGCAGUGUCUCUGUUGCAAUCUGCUGCUGACACAUUAAGCUCAGCGGCCACUUCCCUCUGACAACUUCCUGUUUGAAGGCUGCCAAUGGCGAGGUUUGGUGUCAAAGGAUAAACAGCGUAAUGAAGAGGAUGUUUAAAUAUGAAUUCUAAUUCAAGCAGGACAUUUAUUGAUCCUCAAAUGAAGUACACACCUUUGUCACUUUUUCUGUUCAGAUCCUGUAAAAAGUAGUGAAAUAUUGAACUGUUUUACAUUCAAACGUUUAGUUAAUUUCAUCUGUAAAGGUAAAAGGUUUUUUUUUGCUUCGUUCUGUAAUCAAACCACAUAGCCUGAUAAUAUCCAUAAGUAUUUUUGAGCAUAUGUCAUUGGUGAUGCUAAAUGUAUUCCUUAUUUCACAAGAACUCAUUUUGACCUUUUUCAGUGUAGCACAAAAGUACUUUAAAUUGAAGAAAGAACAUAUAGUCAUGUGAAAAUCAUUGAAACUAUUACAUUCAUUGAUGUUUUAGCAUUUUUGCCAUUGUGACAAAUAUGUCAAGUUUAACUUUAUUUAGCAAUUGAAAUUCUAAAAACUGAUUGUGAUAUUUUGCUAGCUUGUUUUCUAUGAAUUGAUUGAAGAAAUACAGUAGGAACAGUUCAGUUGCGAUAUCUGACACAGUAUUGAAACAUUACGUCACGUGAAAAGCACUCCAAAAACAUGUCACUUCGGGACUAGAGGAGUGGGAGCACAAAUCUAUAAAUGGCGACUUUAAAUACUUUUAUAGUGGCUUCUUGUGGGUUAAAACAAUCAAUGCAUCAAUGAAACUUUAUUAAAACUGAAGUGUUUUAUUGGCCUCAUUGAGCGACGUCACAUGACAAAGUUUGCUUUGAUUUGUUUCUACACUAACCUGGCAGGUGAUGAACUUAAAGCACAAUUGAUAGACUAGACAUUAAUAUAAUGAAUCGUAUGUAAAAACUAACUUGUGACUAUCUCAACACCAAUGUGUCAAUGCAAAACAUGCAUCGUAUGAAUAUUUGUGAAAUGAUUGUUUUCUUUUCAGGAGUGAAUAAAAAAUAUUUUAUAUGCAUCAACUCCUUUUUUCUUUGUUACAUGGAAGCUUCCAGCUUCUUUUCGAACCUCGCAGCAUGAGUUCAGUUGGUAAAUAUGCUGUUUGCUGACAUCGUGUUAUUUCUUUUGGACUUGUGGACUUUGUACAUUUUCUAUCAUGAUGGUGUUGGCAUCGCUUUGCUCUUAAUAAAUCUUGUGUUGCAACUC